CUGCCCCCCGCGGUGACUCGGCAGCGCCACCGCUCCUGGUCAUGCUCAGGCAUGUCGGGCCGCGGCCGGCCGAGGAGCUAAGCCCCGACUUGCCUCUUGGCAGCGCUAUAUAAAGCCCGGCCCGGCCUGACCCGACUAGGUCCAGAUACCCGGCACCGGCGUCCGGCGUGUGGGUUGGACGAGGCCAGCGAGGCAAAUGUGCAAUACCAAGAUGUCCUCCGUUACGGAUGGCUCUCCUGUCACCGCUUCGGAGCAAGAGGCGCUGGUCAGUAGCUCUCUUGGACGCGAGUUUUUCCCGCUUUUUGCAGUUUUUAUCUGCUAAUUCAGAAGGGAUGCGGUGCUCGGCGAGCGAUGGUUAGAGAAAAGCCGGGAAAUCCGGUGAAGAUGGUCCCUCUUUGAUCCUGUAAUUGUGAAGCAAAUCUGUCUCAUUCGUGGUUGAGAGUUGGGGGUGAUGGUUCAGGUCUAGACCCCGUUUCCUGGAGACCUUUGAUGGUCAGGUUGCUUUUUUUUAAUGAAAAAGAUCUUAUGGUCCGAUUUGAUCAUGGUUAAACCAAAGCCACUGUUGUUGAAGUUGUUAAAGUUAGCUGGUGCAGAAAAGGAUACUUUUACUAUGAAGGAGGUAAUAUUCUAUCUUGGACAAUAUAUUAUGUCUAAACAGUUAUAUGAUGAAAAACAGCAACAUAUUGUACACUGUGCAAAUGAUCUCCUGGGGGAUUUAUUUGGAGUAACAAGCUUUUCAGUAAAAGAGCACAGGAGACUAUAUUCAAUGAUUUCCAGAAAUCUGAUAGCAGUCAAUCAACAAGACUCUGCACUUGCUGACACACCUGAGGAUGAUGCCAGGCUUCAGCUUGAAGAAAAUGUUCUUAAGGAAUCUGUGCAAGAGUUAGAAGAGAAGCAGGCUUCAUCAAAUGUGACUUCCCGACCAACUACAUCUUCUCGGAGGAGGACACACAGUCAAUCUGAAGAAGAUUCUUCAGAUGAUCUGCACAACGACAGAAGAAAACGACACAAGUCGGACAGCAUUUCGUUGACGUUUGAUGAAAGCCUCUCGUGGUGUGUAGUCAGUGGUCUGUGCCGUGAAAGAAGCAAUAGCAGCAAUUCCACAGAUUCCCUUUCCAUCCCUGAUCUUGAUGCCAGUUCAUUGAGUGAAAACUCUGACUGGUUUGACCACAGUUCUGUUUCAGACCAGUUCAGUGUAGAGUUUGAAGUUGAGUCUAUUUAUUCAGAAGAUUAUAGCCAUAAUGAAGAAGGGCAGGAGCUCACAGAUGAAGAUGAUGAGGUGUAUCAGCUGACUAUUUACCAGGAUGAAGAUAGUGAUGCUGAUUCAUUUGAUGAAGAUCCAGAGAUUUCUCUAGCUGAUUACUGGAAGUGUCCCGAAUGUAGCGAAAUGAAUCCUCCGCUUCCACGCCAUUGCCACAGAUGCUGGGCUCUUCGUGAGGACUGGCUUCCAGAAGAAAAGAGUGAUAAAUUGGAAAAGAGCAAAUUAGAAAGUUCCUCCCCCCUAGAGUCUGAAGAAGGUUUUGAUGUCCCUGACUGCAAGAAAGUGAAAAUGACUGAAGAUAAAGAGCCAGCUGUGGAGGAGAGUGAGGACAAAGCAGUGCAAAUUUCUGAGUCCCAGGAAAGUGAAGAGUACUCCCAACCAUCAACAUCGAGCAGCAUGUUUUGUAGCAGCCAGGAGGACUAUAAGGAACCUGAGAAGAGAGAAAGGCAAGACAAAGAGGAGAGCAUGGAAUCCAGCCUGCCUGUUACCAGCAUAGAGCCCUGCGUCAUAUGUCAGAGCAGACCCAAAAAUGGCUGCAUAGUGCAUGGCAAAACGGGACACCUCAUGUCGUGUUUUACAUGUGCCAGGAAACUGAAGAAGAGGAACAAGCCCUGUCCGGUGUGCAGGCAGCCUAUCCAGAUGAUUGUGCUGACUUAUUUCAGUUAGAGGGAUGUUGACUGGAAAGUGGCAAAAGAACUUCAUAAACUGGUUAAGAGAGUAAGAAACUAUUUUUGUAUGCGUAUUGGAAAAUGAAUAUUAAAGGUUGUCUUUACAUUUGCUAUGAAAAGUGAUUGCCGAAAUAAAUGCACUGAAGUUGGUAAGAGGUUAGCCUAAUACUCCGAAGUUUAAGAUUUUAAAUGCCUCAGUAGAAAUAACCAGUUGCUGUGAACUACCUGCCUUUCCAAGUGGCUUAUGUUCCAUACUAGUUAGGGACAAUUGUUCUACUGGGUUAAAUACAUUAAACCCCCAAUUCAGUGAGUAUAAGAGGAGAGGCGUGUUGAAGUGUUUGUUUGUGUGAGUUCCUCCUCUUAAGAUAGAAGUCUCCAGAUUAUCUGUGCCUGGUGAAGACACCACGCUCAAUCAGAACCCUCCGAAUAGGUCAAUAAAAUAAAUAGAAUUUUGUCUCCCUCAUUCCCCAAACUUAUAUUCCUCAAAGUAAUCAAAUUACAAGGGAGAUCUUAGUAGGAAGAUGGGAUAGAAAAAGAUUUAAGGUUUUGGAAAUAGACAUGGGUCGUGUUCGCUGUGAAUGUCAGAGCUGUGUAUAUUCUGAGGAGUCAUUGAUUCAAGUUCAGUCUUACCUCUUAGAUGUCCUGAGAAACUGUCUUCUGAAAUGCUCUGGGGGUUUGGAGAUCUCUGCUACCCCAGUGCUUAUUUUAGCAGCAUGAGGAAAGACUUGGAACAGGCAAGAUAAAUGAAGGAGGUGCUAUGUCACGUCAAGUCAGGCAAUAUUAGGGGACACUCGUAUUCUUCUUCUGCCCUUGUUUCUGACUUCAGCAGUGUAGCAUUGCAGUGUGAUCACUGCAUUUGUGCAUAAAAAUAGUAAGGGGGGAAAAAAGUCCCCCUACAGAAACAAGCUGUGAGCUUUUUGUUCACAGGCAGUUUAAAUUCAGUUGUGUUGCAAGUUUGCACAGGUUUUAUCUCUGAGGAUUCUGUAAGUGUGUUGCAAGGUGUUUGACCAACUCAAAAUUACUCUCAUUGGAGCCGUCCUGAACUGCUUUUAGCUCUAAUCUCACUGUACGUAGUCAAAAAUGUUGUGAGACAUCUCAGUUCCUUUAUUAAGGAGUCUGCUGAUCAGCUCAGUUCUGUACCUUCGGAAGAGAUAGCAUGAGUAUAUUUGUAUAAUAGUUACUCAUUUGAGCCAUUCUUCAGAUGGAGACUUUCUGUACCAGUGAGUUGUACUUUUUCUUUGGGAAAACUAGAUUACAAGAGAAGUUGUAUGGGUUUAUCACCUGUUAAUUUUACAGGCAGUUGCUGAUCGUCUGCCCAGUAGAGAAGGGGAAAUAAGUAGAUAGGGGAUGCCAGGAAUGGGGAUGUAGCCUUAACUGCAGGACCUGUGAUGUGGUACCGACCUGCAGGGUGAGGUUAAAUGGCUUCCUUCACCAGUUCGGAUCCGUGGGUAUCUGUGCCAGCGCAAAGGCUUCCUUCUACUGCUAGAGUUAGCUUCGUGUCAAAGCUGAAAUAGUCUCUCUAGUGGGAAGUGUCUACAAACCAGGGCUGCAAAUGCCCACAAGACGAGGGAGUGCCAGGAAAAGGCAAUAAAGCCGUAAAGAGACACUCGCUCAGUAAACCCGGGGCUCUUACUGGCCUGGAAAGAAAUUCCUUCAUAGGCAGAGGCUGAAUCGCCAGAUCGGUUGUGAAGUUCUUUGGUCAGCAGAAACCUUUCCUGGGGUGCAUGGGGUUUGAUAAUCCUUCAGCCCAGGAUGACAGUGCAGUCCUUUGGGCAGAUACUUAAAUUUUUCAAGUAGGGAUGCUUCUAAUAGGUGGCUGCCUGCCUUAAUUCACGCUGCUUCCUAUUUUUCUUGAUUUUUGAUUUGAUAAAGUUGAGUGCAGUGAAGCUUGCAAGAGGCUCUUCUGUUGUACCCACAGGUCAGAACCAAACGGUGGUUGUUAUGUCAGUCUGAAAUGUGCAGCUGCGAGAGGACUGUGGACAUGUAUAUGCAGGAAAAGCAUUGAUAUCAUGGGCACUGCAUGUAAAAAGCUUCAACUGUUGCAUUGUCUUCUGUGUCCUGCGCUUUGUUGGGGUGGUACCUUUGCUUAGUCACUGUGCUGCUUUAGGGGAAUAGCUGCUUUUCCCUAGUUCUGCUGGGAUGAAUUUCUUAAUGAAGGAUGAAGAGAAAAAGGAAGAAAGGAGGAAAGCAGUGAUUUAGUACUGGUUAGGAAAGGAUUGAUGAUUGAGAGUUUUUCUGAUCUAGCUUGAUUCAUCUUUAGCCAUUCAUCUGCUUCUGUCCUCUUGAUUCUGGAGAAGGGCUUUUUGCAAGGGCAUAUAGGGAUAGGACAAAGGAGCACGGCUUUAAACUGGAAAAGGGUAGGUUUAGAUUAGAUAUUGGGAAGAAGGUCAUCCACUGGCACAGGUUGCCCAGAGAAGCUGUGGCUGCCCCAUCCCUGACAGUGUUCAAGGCCACGUUGGACGGGGCUUUGAGCAACCUGAUCUGGUGGAAGGUGUCCCUGCCCAUGGCAGGGAGGUUGGAAUUGGGUGAGCUUUAAGGUCCCUUCCAACCCAAACCAUUCUGUGUGAUUCUGUGAAUUGUACCAUCCCACUCCUGGCAUUCUCCUCCAGUGAAUGCCCUCAAGUGAGCUCCCUAUUUAAAAAAACAUCUCAGCUCUCAAAAAGGCACGUGUGGUCAGAGUGAUGGUCCUUGCUGUUCAUGGUCACUCAGCUUUGGUAGUUUUCUUCAGGAACAAUUUUAUCUCUUGAUAAUGAUUUCUGGUUUGGCAAAGGAUAAACUGAGAACAUACAGCAUGGUGAAUUUUUCCCUUUUUACAGUUUAAAAUUGUGCUAAAAUAGCCUUGGAAAUACCCUCCACUUCAUAUAAUGCUGAGGCAAUGGGCAGUUUUGAUUUCUGCAUCUAUGGCCAAAGCACUAUGUCAGAGUGAGUCUUUGUUUUGAAUGACAUUUUCUGGCUUCAUACUAUUCUUAAUAACUUUGAGUAAAACUUGAGGGUUUGUUUGGUUACGUGUUCUCCCCCAGAAGCUCGCCUUGCAGAUCCGGAGAGACACAUAUAGGUCUCUAUUCCAGCGCCUGGGGUUUGUGGUGCUGCCACCACGCAAGUGCUGUGGCCCCAGGUCAUCGGUCCGAAAGGCUGAAGUCCCUGGCCCCGUGCUUGGGACAUGUUGGGUGAGCAUCACGUAGCACCGUGCUCCUCGCCCUGCUCUGGCCUGCACACGCGCUCCUGGCCUCGGGUAGCAGCGCAGCAUUUGGCAAGGUUUUCCUAUGGAAGUUGGCAGUUGUUGCUACUUGGUGGGGUCUUUGAGAUCCUUAUUUAAUGUCACACACAUUUUAAUCCUUAAUUUAUUGCAGUUUGUAAAUAUUGUGCUCACAAUUAGUGUUUUGAGCUUUAAUUUAUUGAAUCAGUGUACUGGUACGUGUGUAGAUAGGUAGAUAUGCAUACUUAGUAAAUCACAGUCACAGGAAAGUUAUUUAAGAUAUCGUAGCAACAAAAUAAGGAGAAAUUUUAUACACAGAUUAUAUUCAGAUUAAGAGGAGCAUAGGAGGAUUUGUUGCUUUUUUUUCGUUUUUCCUUCCCUUAAAACAACUUCUGUGUUGAACCUGAGCAACAUCUAUUGGCUAGAGAUGGAGGCUGGUGUAGCAUUAACCUAGUGGAAAUAGUUUGAUGGUAUUUGUUUUCCUCUGGAAUGCUUUGGCGUAUCAGAGUACAGCCGAGAAGCUGACUAGUACCAGCAGAGGUGGAGAGAGGCUUCAAGGUUAAUUUGCAGCAAGUGGUGAUUGCUUUUGCCUUCAAACUUAUUACCAAGAAAGCUGAAGGGGUGGCCAAAGGCUGACAGAGUGGGGCAGGGCAGUUUUCAGUAACUGUCUUGAUCAGUUCCUUCAUGCACUUAGUAGUUACAUACAAAUGCUACAAGAACUCACAUUUAUUCUUUUUUAUAAAGUCUAAUAAACCCACUUUUUGAUUAAAUAUGACUUUUUCAGUAUGUAGCUAUUUAUUAGUAUUGAAAUUUAACUCCUGACCAAGGAGGUGAAGUGUGAGGUGAAGGACUUGAGGCAGAUGGUAAAAUGGCUUCAUUUUGGUGUCAGGCAUUUCUCAAAAGGCUGGAAGCAGUGUUGAACAUUAAAGUACUUGAGAACCCUUAAUAUUGAGUCUUAAGAUGUAUUAGUUAUGAUGCCUGCUGCUUUUGGCCCUUGAAAACCUUGCACAGCUGAAGCAGAAGUAGCCGGACAGGCGGUUACAUGGAACAUUGAGGCUGCAAAGAUGCUGCUUUCUGGGGAGCAGCAGCAGCAGCACCCCCCUUGCACGUGGUUUUGGUGUUGCUGAUGAGUGUGCUGGAAGAAGUGCGUGCUCUGCUGUGCCAUGCUGUGCCGCGCAGGGGGCUGCUUCCCGUGGCAGGUAGAUUUGGAAAGGGUAAGAGUGCUGCAGAAAUGGCAUUGCUGCAGAGCGAUAGGUUUAUUCUCACAGUGCGAUAGCUUUUAGUGCCGGGUUCAGUUUGCUUAAAUUUGUUGAAACGUCAGUGUCUCCGAAGUGUCUGUCUGGGGGUAUGAGGCCAUGUGCAAGACUUGAGGCAGAUUUUUUUUCCCCUCGAAGGGAAAAUCAAUUUUUCCCCCAAGGGAAAAACAAUUCCUCUUUCUUGCAGAAGGCAUCAACAAGAGUAAUUGUUUCAGAAAAUUGUCUUCUCACAAAAGAGAGAUUAGAAAAUUAUCAAAGCAUAAUGAAACUGAAAUGAAUAAAUAGGAUUAAUGUAGGGGUGAAGAAUUUUUCUUCCCCGCCUUAAUCUAAAGCUGCUGCUGUGUUAGGGCAUAACCUUAGCAGUAGAGUUGGUAAUUUUAAAUUUACUCAGCGUGUUAACAUUUUGUUGUGCAACACUCAGCCUAAAAAGGGAUAUUUGCUGUUGAGGUACUUCCCUGUGGGAAAGAGCAUUGGACACAUGCACGGGAGUUGGGAAAGGCAGCGUCAUACCUGUCUUGAGCUCUGUGGGCUGCUCUUGUGUUUGUCUGCAGCGCCAGCAAGUGGAUGCAGGCUUUGGGUGUCCUUAGUAAAGCACAUUACGUAGCGUGUUUGUACUCCCAGGGCUCACCCCUUGCGUUGUACAUCCAGCUCCCGUGGGCCAGCGCUUCCCUGGAGCAUCACCUCUCCUGGUGCUGCUGCAUCUCUCCUCCAGGGCAUGACUGAACGGCUCCAGCUCAUCUAUACCCAAGGCAAAGUCCUUCCUCCAGUUACUUGUUGUUUAAAGGUUGCACAAGCAAUGUGAGGCAAAAAGCAAACCACCCCAAAACCUGGGCUUAAGGUAUCUAUCUUUAACGAUGGAUCACACUUAGUGAACAUGAAAAGCAACAAUUUUUAACUAACGAACGUCUGCUUUUUUAUUAAUUCAGCAGAGAUGCCCUGCAAGCUCCAAGUGAUUGCCUCGUUGUAGUGUGUGUAUAUAUAUAUUCUACACAUAAGAUUUGUUGGUGAUCCUUAAAAAGACAUUGUCUCCCAGAGUAGAUGCUGCUUUAACUUCACAGCCUGAGUUUAAAGGAAAGUUCUUGGGUUUGCCAUCAACAACAUAACCCCUAAAACACCACAUAGCUUUUCCAAAAGCAGAGUCUUGCUUUGGUGUCUGACUACACGCUGCUGGAAUGACUGGUAAAUGGGCUGGUCUGUAGUGAGUUUAACUGCACAAUUCUGCCACUCCUAGAUGAACAUACUUACGAGAGCUUGCAACAGCGUGUACCUUCCAGCUACCCAGUGCACCUUACUACCAUGGUCAGUAACUCCACUCAGAUUGCACAGAGUAUAGAUCCAUUUAUGAGAAGAAUUUUCAUGUGUAAUUGCAUUUUGCCUUUUGGUUCUCACUUUUUCCUUUUCCAAGGAAACUAAAUACUAUGUUCCAUUUGAAAGCUUUAAAUAAAGAUGUGGUUAUA